AGAAUCGCGCCCUGGGCCAAAGGCAGGCGCCAAACCGCUGCGCCACCCAGGGAUCCCCGGCUUCCGGCUUUCUAUGCGUCUCAGCCUAGUGUCUGUGCGAGAGAGGGUUAGAACCGUCUCCCGUCUCCCCCCGCCCCGUACCUGUUAACAUUCCUAGUACACAGGUAGUUUUUCUUACCGUCCCAAGUCCACGGUCAAAGUGUGGACCACAGAGCCCUGCCGGGAACGUGCGAGGUGCUUCUUCACCCGAGCUUUGAGUCAAUCCUUGGCUCAUCAGUGUAGGGACAGUGAGAGCUCUGGAGGCCGACAGACCAGCUGCCUCCUUUACUGGGCCAGCCUUAGGCGUCUGAAGAAACUCCGCCUAGCCCGGGUUUCUCAGCUGCCGCAGUAAUCCCCGUCGGAGGGCUCACCUGAAGAGUAAAUGCACUGAUGUAUGAGUGGCACCAGCGUCCACUGACUGUCAGCCCCCAGACCCAGAAGCAUCCUUGGUCCAGCUCUCUCCUUCAUUGAUGAAUUCUUUACAGACAACUUGUGGGGCACACUCCCUUGCUCAUGGCAGGAAGCGCUGGAUGGACUGAACCCACCACAGCUGGCCAUGCAGCUGCUGGGGAUGCCUGGGGAAGGGGAAGUGGUCAGGUACAGGUCGGUGUGGCCACUUUCCCUGCUGGCCCUGAAGUCUACAGCCUGUGCCCUGGCCUUUACCCGGACACCUGGGUUUCAGACUCCUUCGGAGUUCCUGGAGAACCCCAGCCAGAGCUCCCGGCUGACAGCUCCCUUCCGGAAACACGUCAGGGCCAAGAAGCAGCAUGAGAUCCGGAGGCUGGGGGAGCUGGUGAAGAAGCUGAGUGACCUCACGGGCUGCACCCAGGUUGUGGAUAUAGGUUCAGGCCAGGGCCAUCUCUCCCGGUUCAUGUCCCUGGGGCUGGGGCUGCUGGUGAAGAGCAUUGAGGGGGACCAGAGGCUGGUGCAGAGAGCCCAGCGCCUGGACCAGGAGCUCCUGCAGGCUCUGGAGAAGGAAGAGAAGAGGCACCCACAGGUGGUCCGAGCCAGCCCUCGAUACUCCCCACACCAUGUGGUUAGGUGGGUAGAGCCUACGGCUCUGUGUGAAGAGCUUCUGCUUCCCUUGGACACCUCACCUCAGAGCAGGGCCCGUUUGCUGCUGACAGGCCUGCAUGCCUGCGGGGAUCUGAGCGUUACCUUGCUGAGGCACUUCUCCUGUCCUCAAGUGGUGGCCCUGGCUUCAGUGGGCUGCUGCUACAUGAAGUUGAGUGACCCUGGUGGCUACCCACUGAGUCAAUGGGUGGCUGGGCUGCCCGGCCACGAGCUGCCUUACAGGCUGCGGGAAGGAGCCUGCCACGCCCUGGAGGAGUAUGCAGAGCGGCUGCAGAAAUCAGGCCCUGGCCUCCGAACCCACUGCUACCGGGCAGCACUGGAGACCGUCAUCCGGGGUGCCCAGCCCGAGCUGCGUCGGCCAGGCGUGCAGGGGAUCCCCAGGGUCCACGAGCUGAAGAUUGAAGAAUACGUGCGGCAGGGACUCCGGCGGGUGGGGCUGGAUCCUCAGCUGCCACUGAAUCUGGCUGCCCUUCAGGCCCACCAGGCCCAGGAGAACCGAGUGGUGGCCUUCUUCAGCCUGGCCUUGCUUCUGGCCCCACUGGUAGAGACACUGAUUCUGCUGGACCGGCUGCUCUAUGUUCAGGAGCAGGGCUUCUAUGCUGAGCUCCUGCCGAUCUUCAGUCCUGCACUCUCACCCAGAAACCUGGUUCUGGUGGCUACCAAGAGGCCCCUGGGUGAAGCCUUCUCUCUUCUGGAGAUGGAAGACAGCUGACAAACCCUCUCUGAAACCACCUAGCCACCACACUUGCCCAAAGAACCAGCAUUCUAUGUUCCUGGAACUCUGGUUUCUCUGUGAUAACAUCAUGCUAUGUAAAAAUUUAUUUUUAAUUUAUUAAACAAGUGAAAUCUUCA